AUGCGUUUCCUCAACUUGGUUAGCCUUGUCUUGGCCGGAGCUACUGCCUCCUCUGCGGCAAACUGUUCUUGCUCGCCCUCAGAUUCUGACGCUGGGGUUCUGCAAUUCGCCUGGGGUUUGGCCAACUUCAUCGGCGGCUACUACAACUCCACCGUGGACUCCAACUUCCCUUCCAGCUCGAGAAACGCGUCUAUUGUGGGAUACAAGAGGAUCCUCCAGGGUCUCUCAAACCAGAACACCCUCGCGAUUGAAGCUGUUGAGAAGGUCGGCGCCAAGGUAUCCAGCUUCCAGCAGCCCACCUGCAGCUUCACGUACCCCCAGGUCAACACUACCUCGGCCUGGGCUCACUGGGCCUAUCAAUUCGAGUCUACUGUCACUGGUGGCUUCAUCGGUCUUGCUGGCUACACCCAGACCCCCGAGGUUACCUUCCUCAUGGCCCGCCUGGCUGCUGAGUACAACGGCCAUGCUACUUUCAUUGGUAGCCGAGUGAACUCUACCCUCUUUGCCGAUAACUCCACUUCUUUGGUGUCGGCAUACGGUCCCAACCAGAUCCUCUCAAAGCGCAACGAGACUGGUAGCCUCGGCCUGUACCUCGGUGACUGCCUCACUGCUCCAACCAGUCCUUGCGGCACCCUGAGGAUCGGCCCCUUGGAUGCUACUCCCAGCUCCUCUGCCGGUCCCAGCGCCACUGCUUUUGCCAAGAAGCACCACUAA